AUGGAUUCUAUUCUUGGUCUCGUACAGGCGCUGCCUGCUACCGACUCAUGGGGACCUACCGUCACCACCGACACCCUGCGCGAUGGUCUCCCCUACGCUCCUUUCUCCAAGGGCGACAAGCUUGGCCGCAUGGCCGACUGGACCACCGAGGGCAAGGAUCGUGAAGGCAGAGGAGGCAGACAACAAUACGGUCGCAACUUCAGAGACCAGCCUUACGGUGCCGGCGCAGGACUCCAGACCGCACUCAACGUCGAAGGUAUCGGCGAGGAAGCCAGUUUCUCCAUUGUCGACAACUCGCGCACUGCCGCUCGUCGCACUUUCGGCCGUGGCGGUGGUACCGUUUUCCGUGGUCGCGGAGGUGCUCGCGGCGGUGCUGCUCAGCGCGGUGGCCGUGGAGGCACUUUCCAGCGCGUUGGCGGUGGCAGACCUGGACAACAGCAAUACGACAACCGUGGCAAUGCACAGCGUGGAGGCCGUGGUGGUCGCAGAGGAGGCUGGAAGGACUGGGACAAGCCGCAACGCACCCGUGAGGCUUCGGUCCAGCCUCGCGAUACCUGGAAACUGCUUGAGGAGAUUGACUUUAACCGUCUGAUCAAGCUGAACCUGGAUACUGGUGACGGUGAGGAUGUUGAGGAUUAUGGUUUCCUCUACUACUACGACCGCCAGUUCGACAAGCAGCCUGGUGCUCCCACCUCUUUCCGCAAGCUCAACGUUGUCGAGCGUGCUGCUUACAAUGUCACAACCUCGCACGACCCCAUCAUCCAGGAUCUGGCUUCAAAGGACGCCGCUUCCAUCUUCACGACCAGCGAUAUUCUGUCCAUGCUCAUGUGCGCACCCCGCUCCGUCUACUCCUGGGACUUGAUCAUCACCAGACAAGGAAACAAGGUCUUCAUCGACAAGCGUGAGGGCAGCAACGUCGACCGUGUCACCGUCAACGAGAACGCCGCCGAUGCACCGCUCGAGACUUCCGAGGGUACCAAGGACACCAUCAACAACGUUGGCGCCCUCAUGGAGGAGGCCACCCACAUCAACCACGUCUUCCCCAUCCAGACCGUCACCGAGAGCCAAACGUCCAAGCGCGACAUGGCCAACGAGCACCCCUUCUACAACCCCGAGGAGGAGACCGACCCCCCUGCCUCAAAGGCUUACAAGUACCGCAAGUUCGACCUUUCGCUCGAGGCCGACGAGCAGCCGCUACACAUUAUUGUCCGUACCGAGCUCGACGCUGUUGUCAAGAACGCCAUUUCCGGCGAGGACCAAUACCUUACCAUCAAGGCUCUCAACGAGUUUGACAACAAGGCUAUCGGCAGUGGUGGUGCCCUUGACUGGCGCACCAAGUUGGCUUCUCAGCGUGGUGCCGUUGUUGCUACUGAGAUGAAGAACAACUCGUGCAAGCUCGCUCGCUGGGCCACCCAGGCCAUCCUCGCAAAGGCUGACCAGAUGAAGAUUGGUUUCGUAUCGCGUGUCAACCCCAAGACAGCGAACGACCACGUCAUCCUCGGUGUCCUCGGCUACAAGCCUCGCGAAUUCGCCGCCCAGAUGAACCUGAACCUCAACAACGGCUGGGCCAUUGUCCGCACCUUUGUCGACAUGGUCAUGUCGCAAGACGAGGAUGAGGCCAAGUUUGUGCUUGUCAAGGACCCUAACAAGCCCACUAUCCGUCUUUACAAUGUCCCACGCGAUACCUUUGAGGAGGAAGACGAGAUGGCUGGUAUUGACGAGGAGUAA